UUUAGUUAACAAUCCCCUCGAGAAGUCUUUUUUCUCAGCAAAUUAAUGGCUCUCCACAAAGACACUAAAGCUCAGCUUUCUGUCUAUCUCUGGUUUCUUCAAGUUUUUGUCGUGUUAGCUUCCAUCUCCUAUCUAAUUUGGAUAUGUUUAACCCCUAAAUAUCCUAUCUACACGAUCACCAGUGUUAAUAUUCCACUUUCACAUGGAAGCAAUUCAACACUUCAUCACCAAAGAGUCGCUCCAAACACCUCUAUUAUCCUCCUACUCCAAAUUUCAAACCCCAACCAAGGAUUAGGCAUCUACUGUGAUGACAUCCACUUAGCCUUGCAUUACAAUGAUUCUGUUAUCGGCAACAAGUCCCUGCAAGGGUUCUACGAGGGCUACGGAGAGAAUAUUUCCUUGCGAGUUCCAGUGAAUCCAAGCCAUAAGUUUUGGUUUUGGAGAGGAACAACCAGCAGUAUUAAUGUGAGAGUUAGUUUAAAAAAUAGAAUCAAAUUCAAGUACAAGAUAUUCAGAACUGUGACAAAGCAUCACCAGAUAGAUGUGGAGGCAUCUCUUCCCAUUGGUUUGAAUGGAAAGAUUCUGGGAAACCUGAAUAUAAACCUACAGAAUAGUGUCAAAGCCAGGCCCACAAGAAAAGGGAACUAAGGUUUAGUUUCUUACUAAUUUCCUAACAGUUAUAUAAUUAUUUUCCUAGUCAGUAAAAUUACUUUAGUAUAGGUAUAUACAAUGCAAUUAGACCAUGGGGAAAUGGUGUUUCUUGGAAUUUAUCACUUGGCAAGUUAGUGAUGCAGCUAAGAGAUUGCAAGAAAUUUUCCAUUCUUACUGCAAUACUGCAAGCCUUGCUGCUCUGUCUUCAGGAAAACUAUCAAGAUUGACUGAUCGAACACCUUUUAUUAGAUCAAUUGUAAAGUUAUAUUUACUGUAUGAACCUAGUUUAUUCAUUAUUAGAUGGAGGCUCAAUGGCUGAAUAAAAACUGAUGGGUUACACAAGAAAUAGGUAACACUUUUCCUUUAACAACUCUCACAGGAAAGGUAAAGAAUCUACCCUGCUCCUUGCACCUUUUAAGGUGCGGAGGAAGACUAACCACGUUAUGAAUCCCAAUUUAGUUAGUUGUCGAUCAUGGCCAGAAGGCAUGAAGAAGACUUUUGUCGCACCUUUUAUCUCUUGUGCCAAUGAGGGUUUGGAUUGGCCUGUUGCAUCACAGAAGCAAAAUACCACUAUGAAGAAAAGCAUAUAUCUC